GGUGGUUGUAUCCCUUUUCCGAGUCGGGGCGGGGCCGAAAGUUCCUAGUGGUAGAAAGUAGUUGGGCAAGAAGAAAGUUUGCAACAAGCUGCCCGCGCGUGUAGGCAGGGCCGAGCGUCCCGGCUCCCUUCCCCAGGGCUCCGCGUUGCCGAGGGCUGCGGCUGGCAGUUCCCCGGGGAGCAGCAGUUUGCGGCGGGCUCUGCUGGGCAUGGGGGAGGCAGUGAGAAUGGCUAGUGGAGAAGGCGGGGGCGCCAGGGUGCCUGAGUGCCGGGAGCAUCUUUUCAAGGUGCUAGUGAUUGGGGAGCUGGGCGUGGGCAAAACCAGCAUCAUCAAGCGGUACGUGCACCAGCUCUUCUCGCAGCACUACCGGGCCACCAUCGGGGUGGACUUUGCCCUCAAAGUCAUCCACUGGGACAGCAAGACCCUGGUGAGGCUGCAGCUCUGGGACAUCGCAGGCCAGGAACGUUUUGGUAACAUGACAAGAGUGUACUAUAAGGAGGCAGUUGGUGCUCUUGUGGUCUUUGAUGUCACAAGAGGCUCCACUUUUGAAGCUGUUUCCAAGUGGAAACACGACUUGGACAGUAAAGUGCUACUUCCAAAUGGCAGCCCCAUUCCUGCAGUUCUCCUUGCAAACAAGUGUGACCAGAAAAAAGACGCCAGCCAGAAUCCCUCUCAGAUGGACCAGUUCUGCAGAGAAGGUGGCUUUAUUGGGUGGUUUGAAACAUCUGCCAAGGACAACAUCAACAUAGAUGAAGCUGCUCGAUUUCUGGUGGAAAACAUCCUUGCCAACUACAAAAGCUUUCCUAAUGAAGAGAAUGAUGUGAACAAACUAAAACUGGACCCAGACCCCUUGAGAGCAGACAGUAAAUCACAGUGUUGCUAAUGUUACCUUUACUCUUGCAUGUAAAUGCAACAGAAGGAGCAGCAAGACACUUGUUCCUCAAACCAGACUGCUGCUAUGGUGCUGCAUUAAGGACAAUCCAAGUGUUGGGUUUGGUUAUCUUUGAAUUGGUGAUAUUUUUGGGUGUUUACACAUUUUUGUUCUUUUUGUAUAAAAUUGAAAAUGUGGUGUUUAUCAUUCAUCCUCUACUAAAAGAACAGCUGUGUCUAGCAGUUGGUUACCUUCUUCUGACAUGAAAACAGAGGGUGGUGUUUACACUCUGUUCUCAAAGGAAUACAGACAACAUUCAGUAUGACGCGUAUCAAGGGUAGGCAUUAGUUCAGAGGAUGAAUAUUGUGGUGUAUUCCAGAACAGUAUUCUUGACAAGUUGUAGCUGAAAUAAGCACUUGCCUCUUUGCCACGAGUGUCCUUAUACCCAUGACUUCCCACUCCUGCCUGCCUGCCACCUCUCCCACACAUACUACUUUGUCCCUGUUGAUUACCCCCCAAUGUGAGGACCUGUAACUACAGCUCUCCUGGAGCAAGUGGGUCUGUUUUCUUGAACUGGAUAGGGAUAGCUGAGCAAUGGCAGGAGGUCCAAUCUUUACUUUGUCACUAAGACCCAAUACAAGGUAAGCAUACCACUUGGCAAGUAAGAAGAACAGGAAGGGAAACAAGUGUCCUAUGUGACAUGGCUACUGCAGUGAUACAGAUGCUAGCAAGUACAUCUCCAGUUAUUAGCUGAGAAUAUUUUACUUCAAAUACUCUUAACCAGUUUAAACCUGUAAAAUACAUUCCAGCACAAAUAGCAGGCUUUCCUUAGUGUAAUGCACCCAGUUAAAAUAAACCUAAGGAAGCAUCACCCAUGUGCACAUAUUAAAACUAAUGGCCAGAAAUAAUUCAUACACUAACGCUUUGAGAUGCUAGCUUUAACUUCAUCCAGGAGAGGACUGCCAAUAAAUAAAAAUGUUCUCGUUUUGGUUACCUGUCUUAAACUGUCUUGUGAAACUAGCAUACAGUAUGACUAGAUGAGUAAUUCAAAAUUACUCAGACCUUGGUCUUGGGAUACCUUUGAUUAGUAGCGCAUGGAAAAGAGGGAUGCCUCAGAUGCAUCUUAAGAUAAAUUUAAGGGAUUUUUAAAUCACUCAGAUAUAGUUGUUCUGUUACAAAGGCCUUCACUUUUUAUAAAAACGCACGUAAUUCACCAAUGCAAAGUGUCAAUGGAAAAUGCGUUACCAAUUUUUAUAACUAAAUAUUUUGGAAUGCUAAAAGUUCAAGUGAGGAAACUCACCUAGCUUGCUUUGCCUCCUGUUAAGAGGCUGGUUAUGUGAAGUCUUGACUUCUGCAACUCAUGAAUAUGGUCAGAGUUUGUGGGGGCAGGAUGGCUGGUGAAAAGGGUUAAUUUCUCUAGUGAUUGUGGUAAUCCUACAUUAAAUGGAACUCCUGCUUUCUCACAGGCUCUGGAUGCUGUUUUUUGCCACGUUGUUUUUGUGUGGUCUGACGUUGUUAAAGUUUAGGUCAUAAGCCCUGUCCAUGUGUCAAAGUUAGAUGCACUGUCUUUCAUACUUGCCUAUUAAAGUGAUAGGAAAGGGUUGUCAUAAGUACAAGCUACUUUUUAAUGAGAUGCAUACAGAUAAAUUCUUUAUUUUUAAGCAAUAAAUAAAACAAUUCAGGCACACUGUAAUUAUUCCUGUGUGAAAGACUCUUGUGUGUGUUUUUGUAUUUAAUGUUCUUUUGAGAAACUGGAAUACAUUCUCACUGAAGCCUGCAGACUAUUUCCCCCUUUCAUUCUGCUCCAUUCAUUGCCAUAUUAAACUGCCUCUUGAUUUCCUGUUUUAUCUUAAGAUAAAUACUUAAAAUUACCAUAUUUAAUAUUAACCAAACUUGAAAAGUAGGCUGAAGUAGCUUAUACUUAGUUUCUUAAAAUUCAAAACAUGGCCACCUCUUUGUAGACUGUCUUUCUGAAGAGAAAGUGGUUUUGAAAUACUUUCUCCCUUCCCCUCCUGCCAUAGUCAACUCAGGGGCAAUGCUAUUUUCCCAAAUGGAUUAAAGUUAGUAUGUGGGAUCUUUUAUCCUCUUUUUAAGAACACUGGCAUGUUCUGUAAAUUACAAAUGUGCCUAUAAAACCUGUCUGCUAAGUUUUAGUCAUUAAACAGAAUAGUGGGUGGAGGCAUGCCAUUUAUCAUGGCAGUUAUCGGAGCAUACAAGAUCUCUGGCUUUUGUACAGCUCUAAUUGGAACCAAAGUGCUUUAACUAGUCAUCAGACAUAUACACUGCCCCAUUUUUUGAUACUGCUUCAGUAGGCUAAUAUGUGCAAUAUCUGAAGAUCAGUUAAGCAAAGAUGCACAAUCUCCUGCUUAUGUGGCCUUGUGUAUUAUCAAGAUCACUGAAUAUAUGCAAUAUUACACUAACUUGGUUAAUUAAUGGAUUGAACCUGUCAAAUUGACAAAUCUAUUCAUAUAACUGGCACUAUUACCUGUUUAAAAGGUCAGUUUAGUUUAAUGUAAAAGAAAAACAACCCUCAACUAAUCGCUUCAGUCUUCAAAACUUCAAGUGAAGAAACAGUCCAUGGAAAAGUACAAAUUAAUGUUUUUCCACUUUUUCAUGUGUCAAACUGGUCAGUUUUAAAGUAAAGUAAUUUUGCUGUUACAUUUCAGAGAAUAAAUACCUUAAUAGUUUAAUUUUCAAAUAGUAGAUUGACCAAAGUGCAAUAUUGGUUAAGUGAAGUGUAGAUACAGCAACACAGUUAAAGUUCUCAUGCCAAGAUUUCUCAUAAGCAGUCCAAUGAGUUUAGUUGCUGUUGAAACAGUUGAAUUUGCAGGUAACUGUUAAAUUUCACACUGCCAAAACUAGGAAACUUACCAUAAACCUUAGAUGAAUGCAACAUUGCAUUCCUCUACAGUGAUCCUUAGUCACUGUUGGCUUGAACUUAAAUCCAUUUUCUGAUGGAGCACUGUUUAAAAGACAUUCUUAAAUUCUCAAAGUCCACACACACCCCUCCAAUGGCUUCAAAAGGUCUAAUUGGUGGGUUCUGUGGACACAGUUUGCUUAACUGUAUUCAAAUGCAUAGUCUUUGUGCAUUGGUAAAAUUAAGCAUAUGCAUAUGUUUGCAAGAUCGGGGACUUAGCAUAGGUCUAUACUUACCACUGGGUCUGGCGGUAAGCAAUCGAUCUUCUGGGAUCUUUAUCGCAUCUUGUCUAGACGUGAUAAAUCUAUCCCAGAAGUGCUCACUGUCAACGCUGGUACUCCUGCUCGGCGAGAGAAGUACGCGGCAUCAAUGGGGGAGCCUGCCUGCCGGGUCUGGACCCGCGGUAAGUUCGAACUAAGGUACUUCAGCUAUGUUAUUCACGUAGCUGAAGUUGCGUAUCUUAGUUUGAAGUGGGGGGGUUAGUGUGGACCGGGCCUUAUUUGCUAACAACUAUAGAAAGGAGCUGUAAAAAUGACAGUACUAUUGACAGCACUUUAUAUACAAAGGAAGCUGGGAGGGUGGGGGAAAUUUAACUUUUGGUUUUAGUAACUUGAAAUACAGAAAUUUUGAGACCGCUAUGACUUCCAUCCCUCUGGGCAAUUGCUUAAGUUUCUCCACAGAACAUACCUUGGGAUGGAUAUAUUACAAGGUGCAACAAUUAACUUACUGGAUAUUGCCAAUAAAGAAUUUAGGAAUCUAUUCCAAAAAAGUGACACUUUUUAUUCUGUAGAAACAUAGCAUUAUAGUAUUUAAAUAGUAUUCAGGAAUCUCUUCUAAAUCAGAAAACAUUGUUUCCACUGCCUAGGAUCUAGUGCAGAGGUCAGCAACCUUUCAGAGGUGUGCCGCAUCUUCAUUUAUUCACUCUGAUUUAAGGUUUCAUGUGCCACUAAUACAUUUUAGUGUUUUUAGAAAGUCUUUCUAUAAGUCUAUAAUAUACAUACAACAAUAGUUUAGUUAUAAAGUAAAUAAGGUUUUUAAUGUUUAAGAAGCUUCAUUUAAAAUUAAAUUAAAAUGCAGAGCCCCCUGGACCGGUGGCCAGGACCCGGGCAGUGUGAGCGCCACUGAAAAUCAACUGGCAUGCUGCCUUCGGCACACUGUUCCCUAGGUUGCCUCCCCUUAUCUAGUGACUGGACUAUAAAAUAAAUGUUAUCACUGUAAUCAAACAGACAAACCAGUUCUAUUUUUGACCAGUUAAUGGAAUGAUCAGACUGGCCUACUUACUAUGUUCAAUCUUGGGUGGAUAGAUAUCUGACAUCUAGUCUCCAGAUAUUGGGAACAAUCUUGGCAAAAUUUCUACUUUCUUUAUCCUUACCUGAAAUUAAAAUUGUAUCCAGGUCUCAGCCAUGUCACUCUCUUGAUUAUACUCUAAGAUGCUGCAUUUAUUUGGGGGGUAGAGGUAGAAAGUCUUCCUGGUUCUUAGUCACUAAGUGUUAUGUCUAACGUAGACAUGGCAUCCUAUUUUUUAAAACCUUAAUUUGCCCAGCCACCAUGACCAUUCUCUAUGUAGGAGUCGUUAAAGUAAUGACUGAACUUUUCAGUGUGGGAAUUUGAGAAGCACUUUAACUGUGGAGGAGAAUGAAGUAGGAAAAUCUGAACGUCUAGACAUAUUAUUGAGGACUAAAUGAACUGAGUGUAAUCAAAACUACCACCUCCAUCCUAAAUCAUAAAAAUCCUUAGUUUUCUCCAAUGACUUGAGUCAAUGGCAGCAAGUCAGCCCUUGAGCACCUAUAUAAUAAACAGUGAUAAAAGGGGAGACCAUGAUUAAAAAAAAAAAAAAAAAACAGUGAUGCUAAAUUUUUAAAAGCAAAAUUUGUUUGCCCUCUCACCGUUCUCCAUUAUUGAGCUUAUCCCUAAAAUACAAAUUUUCACCCUAACUUUCUCUCCUUUAAAAGAACAGCUUAAGUCCAUAGCUGCAUGAGUCACUAUACAUGUGUUUAAGAUUCAAGGUCCUUCCUAUAAGGAAAGACAGAAGCUAAAACAUUUUGGGCCUGCAUUUCUUAUAGGUAUGGAACGCAGUAUAGCAAAAUGUCUGAGAGAAAUGAGGUAUUUCAAUGUAGUUUCAUUAUCUGACAGUAUGAAAGUCAUGUGCUGUAGACAGACUGGUACACUGAAAAUACAAAACAUGCCAGAUUUUCAUCUGGCGCAUAAUUAAGAGAGUUUGAUUACACAGGCACAGCUUCUUUAAUGUCUUUUUAUAAAGAUCUGUAUGAAAAUGGAGAGUGGAUGUGGGGGUUUUUGGUAACAUCUAUCAAUUUUGGUUUGUAUUCAAAAAUGCAUUACCAAGAAAUAAGGGUACCUAAGUAUGUGUGGUUUAUAACACACACUACCUUGGAUUUUUUUUACCAGCCUCUGAAAUAAUACUGUGCCUUCAGUACAAAGACUUGCUUAAAAUCCAUGUUUAUGCUGUUUAUGUAUUAGUGUGAAUACACUUCAAGUUCUGUUUCACUGUCUCAAAUAAAUGUGCAUACAAAAUG